GUCAAAGGAAAGAAAAUUGCAUAAUCUUUGGCCAGCCUUAUUAUCGGGAUGAGUAGUCACUGGAACCAGUGUUCCCCUAGUGCCACGGGAGGGAUUGCCUUCUUGUUCUUUUGGGAUGCAAAUGCAGAGCAUGUGAUCUCUCCUGACAUGGCCCCUGAACUCAUCAUAGUCUACAGGUGACAUCAUUGAGAAUUACUGAGUGAGCUGUGAGUGGUCACAGCUUGUCACAUGGUACAAGGCUGUUGUGAAUAGCCUUGUACCAUGUGACCUCUGUGAUCAUUCACAGAU